CGUCUAGCAUAUGCUUACGCUACUAUUAAAUAUAUUUUUCAAUUUUAUUGCAUAUAUUAUUGCAUUUGGCACGCAAUAUAUUCAACCAGCGUCGUCUAAAUAGAUACUAAUCCUACUUUCUACGUUAUUUUAAUUAUGUAAAAUAAAAGUGUAGUAAAUUAAUGUACGUCAAAGGAAGGCGCAUCUGAGAGUGCGCAGAACAUUCUGAAAACGUAUAAAUGUAACGGGGAAGGCUGCCCAUUCACAAUUUAGCUGAAGCCGACGUCACCGCUCCGAGACAACUUUGAAAACGGUGGCAACUUUAGGUGUUACGAACGAUUAAUUCUUAUUUAAUAUGAAAGCGUUCUUUUGUAUUAUCGUGGCAGUGUUAGCUUGCAAUGGCAUUGAGAGUCUGCUACUACCGUCAUGGAGAGGUCUGCGGAGUCCAGGCCAAGCGCCAUCUUGGUUUUCCAGGGUCCGUCGUUAUCCGAUUCCUACACAUCGCAUCAUUGAUCCCACCGAAGACUGUUUCCUGGUAACGUCCGAAGAAGGGGAGCUGUUCUUCAAGUCGCCGUCCGACGAGCCAACAGUUUGUGGUAUCUACAUGAUAGCGGAGCCUGAUAAGCGGAUCCAGGUCAUAUUUAACUAUUUAGAUGUGCCAUGCGAAAACGGUGGCUUAGUCGCGUGGAUCGAUGGUUGGGAAUUGAAUGGGCAAGUCUGGCCAGCGGAUUCCUGGGACGACGACAGGGUUGUGGAAUCAUGCGAUAGUCGACCACAACGCAAGCUCGUUUCCCGACAAAACGCUGCGUUAGUUCAGUAUCGGGUACCGGCUCGUGGCAAAGGAUUUGCGAUAACAAUACGACAUUUAAGAAAUGCAAGACCUUGCAACCAGAUGCUGUUCGGUACAGAAGGUGUAUACACGUUACGUAAUCACGGAGAAACUGGGAACUGCUCGAUGAUCGCCGUAUCUCCAGCCACUGUACGUGUUCUGGAUCUCAACAUCGGCCAGUCGAUUAAACGGGGAACACUGCUAGAUGUUGAAACAGGAACUAUUUCCCAUUGCACAAAGCGUGGCCUUGUGGACUACGCGGACAUUGGGGGAGCCAGCGGCCUCGACCACACCAAAAUGGAGAUCUUCGACAGUAUAUGCGGUCUCGAUUCGAAUGAAGCUCAUCGUCUCAUGCUGAUCGCGUGUGAGGAUACUGUUAUUCGACUCGUAUCCAGCGGACGAUAUCAAAAUUCAAUUACCCUUGCAUUCUCUCCUCUUCCCCUCGAACACUACGAACAUGCCGAUUUGAUCUGCGGUAUCAAUGAUAUUUAAAUACGAAAGUCAUUACCUUGGACAUCGAUUUGCGGCUCUAGCGAUUCGACGAAUUCGAAUGUUCAUGGCUUUUGAUUUUUUUCUAUAGAAGUCAUGUCUAAGUACGACGAGUAUUAUUUGUCAAUAAAAGUUUUAUCGGUAUUAGACUUGUAACGACAAUUUCGGUUUUAGCAGUUUACUGAGUAGACUACUUACUGUUUGAUUAUUUCAGUGCUUAAAUUAAGAAAAAGAAAUUAAACCUUCAUUGUAAUUGUUAAGAUAUUCUUAACAAAUAUUUUUAAUUAGAACUUUGUUGUAGAAUAUCAUUUAUUUAAUAUUAUAUUAAAUCAGGUAUUAAUAAAUUAUUAAUAAUUUCUGUACCAUUCAAUUGAUUCGAUUUUAGGUUCCGAUUUUAUUUGUCACUAAUAAAUGGAUAAUUUCCGAAUUCUCGUUACAAGCUUAGAUGGAAUAUAUCUUAAUAUAUUAUAAUAUGUAAACAUUUUAAAGUAAAUUUCAAAGUAGUGAUAGCAUAACAAAGGAAUACUAAAUGUGUACUCAUAUAAUAAUACUUCAGAAGUAAAUAUAGAACCUGUAUCUAGUCAAUCGGUAAAAACGGGUAGUUAUUUCCCAACCGCAAAAUAAAUAAGGUAGUCUAUAUGAAAAUAAUUGUUUAAUUUUAACUUAUAAGCAAAUAUUAAUGAAAUUAU